GGCGGGGCCCGGCCCGGCCCGGCCCGGCCCUGCCCGGCCCGGCGGGGCGGGCGCCGCCGGCUGAGGAGGAUGCGGGCGGCGGCGCGGCGGCCGCAGGCGGGCGGCGGGCAGCGGCGCGGCGCCUGACCGCAGGGCUCCGCUCCGCUCCCGAGGAUGCUGCGGGGCGAUGCCCGGCGACAGGGAGGACGAGAUCUGCCAGAAAGCGCUGCAGCUGCUGGCCGAGCUGUGCUCCGUCGGGGCGGUGGAGAACGAGAACUGCCGGGAUUUCAUCUACUACCUGCGGGACAGAGCCCGGCCCCGCCUCAGCGACUCAGAUAUCUCCAUCAGCCUGCUCUCCCUGGUGGUCACGGCCUGCGGCCUGGCUCUCUUCGGCGUGUCCCUGUUCGUGUCCUGGAAGCUGUGCUGGAUCCCGUGGCGGGAGCGGGGCCUGCCCUUCGGCAGCAAGGACAGCAAGCAGGAGCCGCUGCACUACGCGGACACGGAGGCCAAUGAGCGCGACUACAGCGAGGAUUACCUGGGGCAGCCUGCCGCCUACCCCGAGGCCUCCAUGAAGAUCAGCCACACCUCCCCUGACCUCCCCCUGGACACCCAGGCGGGGAGCAAGGAGAACUGCGUGCCCAACGUGCGGAUGCAGCGCCAGAUCACGGAGCCCACCUCGUCUGACCGGCACAAUUCACUCCGGAGGCAGCUCAACCUGUCCAACCCCGACUUCAACAUCCAGCAGGUCCAGAAGCAGGAGCAGCUGACGGGCAUCGGCCGCAUCAAGCCAGAGCUGUACAAGCAGAGGUCUCUGGACACGGACGACGGCCGCAGGGGCAACAGCAAGGCCUGUGGAAAGCUCAACUUCAUCCUCAAGUAUGACUGUGAUUUGGAGCAGCUGAUCGUGAAGAUUCACAAGGCCGUCAACCUGCCGGCCAAGGACUUCUCCGGAACCUCGGAUCCCUACGUGAAGAUAUAUCUGCUCCCCGACAGGAAAACAAAACACCAGACUAAAGUGCACAGAAAGACCCUAAAUCCGGUGUUUGAUGAAGUUUUUUUAUUUACUGUCCCGUACAAUGAUCUCAACACGAGGAAACUCCAUUUCUCUGUGUAUGACUUUGACAGAUUCUCCAGGCACGACUUGAUUGGCCAAGUGGUAGUGGAUAAUUUUUUAGAUUUGGCAGAUUUUCCCAGGGAAUGUAAUAUUUGGAAGGAUAUUGAAUAUGUCACCAAUGAUAACGUGGAUCUUGGUGACCUUAUGUUUUCACUCUGCUACCUUCCAACAGCUGGUAGGCUAACUAUUACAAUAAUAAAGGCAAGAAAUCUAAAGGCAAUGGAUAUCACAGGAGCAUCAGAUCCCUACGUGAAGGUUUCUUUAAUGUGUGAAGGAAGGCGGCUAAAGAAAAGGAAAACUUCCACCAAGAGGAACACCCUAAAUCCCGUUUACAAUGAAGCCAUAGUCUUUGACGUCCCUCCAGAAAACAUUGACCAAAUUAACUUGUCGAUAGCUGUUAUGGAUUAUGACCGUGUAGGUCACAAUGAGGUCAUUGGAGUUUGUCAAGUAGGCAACGAUGCAGAGAGUCUAGGUCGCGACCACUGGAACGAAAUGCUCUCGUACCCUCGGAAGCCCAUCGCUCACUGGCAUCCUCUUGUGGAGGGCCCUAUUCAGCAGGAAUGUUAUGCAGGUCUUCUGCGCUUGGAUGGCUGCCGAAGAGGCUUCCUCACCCUUUUAACCUAUUCAGCAGAAAUUUGGCAUUCCUGUUGAACUCUUUCUUAGCCAUAUCCUCAGGGGCUAUUCCACAGAGUCCAGUGGGGAAUCAAGUGGGGGAGGGUGUCCAGCGCAUCCAGGCUGUGCAGAGAAAUAUAUACACAGCAUAUCAUUUUGGUUCCUGAAUCAGGAUUAGACUCAGCGAGAGCUUCUGGAACCUCUGUGGCCACAGCCAUAGGACCCUGAAUAUUUGCUGAAUAGGACCCUCAGUCUUCUACUGUGUGAAGAGCUAUUGGUUUCAAAUAGCGUGAUGUUAUCCACUUGUAGCAUUAAUUCUCCAGCUGACACUACUGCUACUGAUAGAUUAUUUGUAUGGUCGUAAGCAUUACCCAAAUUCAAGUCAUCAUUUCUGUUCAGUAGAAUAACCCAGGUUUUACAAGCAAAAUGACAGCAAUGUAAACCAACAAAUAUGGGAAGCAGCAACAAACAUUGUCCUUGUAUUUGCAAAAAAGGUGCAGUAUUGUGAACAGUUAGCUUUCUAAGUAUUUUCUUUUUCAAGAAUGAUUGCCAUCAGAUAUUUGUUUUUUGAUGACAAGCUGCGUCCUCAGUCUCAGCUGGUGCCUCCUUUCACCUGACAUGAAAACAAACUAAUAUGGUCCCUUGCAGAAAUCCUUCAAAUCUGAAAAACUGUAAAAAAAGUUCUGCUGGGUGAGAACAAGAUGCAUAUGGUAUUUGGAAUGACAGCAUGUUCUUUGGGGAAGGAGAUAACCAUCUGUAUAACAUGGAGGUUGUUAUUCCUCGACCUUUGUAGAUGAUUUUCCAGUCAACUUUUCUGAGUCGUGUCCACAACACUGCAAACUGUUGGAAGGUGGCAAUGCUGGAUCAUACAAACAAACACACACACCCCCCCUGUUGUUUGAAAAUGCUGUUCCAAAUACAUAGUGCCUGUGAAGACUUCCUUUAUUAUUUGUGGUAGAAUUAGCAGGGCUGUUUUACAUGAUGGUAUAUUGUAAACGCUGACAAAUCCUGACCAUUAAAAGAAAAUGAAUCAAAGCACUGCAUUCUGUCAAGUAAUGAAAUUUGUGCCCCAAAGCAGGAGACCCUGGGAUAAAUUUUUCACCACUUAUUUACACACUCAUGGAGUUCUCUCAUUCUCCAGUGUUUUCUACAGAGAACUUGACUCACAUCUUUACAUGGGAAUUUUUUCUUUAAAAUAUGCAAAUGCAAAGUAUGGAUGUUUUAUACAAAACAGCUGUCUGCUGAGUGCUUACAGAGAGGGAGCCUUGGUCAUUUAAAUAGAGUUCAGAUAAGUUUAUGUGCACACACAUUGCUUCACAUUUUGUAUGUGAUGAAUGUUCACGGAGCGUUAUGGAUCUGCAACUCUGAUGACACAAAUAUGCAUGCACAGAUUGAAGACAUAUCUAAAAGUUUGGCCUUAAGUCUGAAAAAUUAGUUUCGUAAUCUUUCAGUGAGGAUCUUCCACAAAAUUAGAAUUACUUGUGGGCAAAGAAUGUCUUGGAACUUGCAGGAGAUCUUGGAUCUGUUGUAAAUGUAUGCUGCAGGUAUAAAUCAGAAUUCCUGUAAGCACAGUGGUUUUCAAAAGUCUCUUGCCACUCUUUGGAGAGUUCAGCUGCCACAGGCAAGAGUAUACCUGGCAAACUAAACAGCAUUUCCAAGCCUGCCCAAGCACAAUGUCAGGAAGGCAACCAUUGGGCAUUUCCAAAAGAAUGAAAAUAAUGUUGCCAUGGCAAAACUGUUUCACUGCACCUUCAGCUUUCGAUCAGAGGGCCAGUGGUACAUGACAAUGUGCAUAUCUGUUCAUGCAUGAGCCUCCCCUCGGGCAGAAUCCUGUGCUCUUCACCCAGGCUCAUCUCCCAGGAGUCACCCAGGGGAGGAGGAGCUCUUCCUUUGGAGUGGAGCUCUCUGAUUUCCUGGACAAAUCAUUCCACAUUCACAUGACACCUCUGCCUGGAAUGCAGGGAGGGCACUCUUCCCACUGCAGUGUCAGCAACACAAACUGCUGGGAAGGGGAAAACACAUACACAGCAGGCUCAAUUUGUGUCCAUGGAAGAGUGCAGGAGCCUUCCCAGGAUUUGUCCCCAGCAGCUCAAAGGGACAUCAGCUGAAAAGUGGUAUCAUCAUAAUUGCCAGAGGGUUGCAGUUCUUUUAUUUUAUUACCGUGCUUAGUUUAUUUAAUGUUCAAGGGUCUGUCAUCAAAAGAAUUAUUUAGUUCUAUUAAAACAGGGAAAGAAAUCUCUGUGACAGUGAGCAUUUAAAGUGGAAUCCAGCAGAUUUCAAAGGCUUGGAGAUGAGAAGAAGCCCCUCAAUUUAUUGAAUGCUCCUAAUUUUUGCUCAUGACUUGCAAACUGUUACUCAGGCUGUGGCAUUACUAUGUGCUUUUUACAAAUACCUGCCUUAUCAUAGUAGUGCAUCUACGGAAUGAUAGAUAUUUUCUAUAUUUGGAUACUUCACUCUUCACCUUUAUACUCCACUUAACCGGUGAUAUUCCCAAAAUAUUUUUGUGGUCUGGCUCUGGUUGGCCAGUAGACUGCUGCUGUCUUUGGACUGUGCUACAAUAAUACCACAGCCUGCUGGAAGGACCAGUGGAUAGAUAAUUCUGCUACAAACUCUACUGGGAACCCAGGGAAAGCUAUGGUCCCCAUGCUGCUCAGUCUUUCUUUUCUGAACUGUGAUUCUCAGUGGUAAAUUAGCAGUAGAGUCCCAAGAAUGAUUUCAAAGCUGAAAUCCUCAUUUGUUUUCUUCUUUGCUGUUAAUGCAUUAGUACACUGUAGGACAAGUACCAUAACUGUAAAGUAGAAGAGAAAAUCACUUAGAAAUGCAUCUCAGCAAGAUUUUAAUCCCAUUUUGCUCUUUAACAACGUGCUAUUAAAUUGUUGCUUUUAAUUUUCCGUAACAAGCCUCUGUGUCAGGUGUUGUUCUGUGGAAGAAAAGGGAGUGGCAAUGGGAAAACUUUCCAGGUUACUGACAGCGAGGCCGAGUACCAAGGACAGUGGCCUGAUAUUCCCAUGACAAACACAGCGCAACUCUUUGCAGCUGAGUGCUCAAAUAUUUCUUUAUCUGCUUCCACUGAAAUCACAAGACAUUAAAAGCAUUGCUCUUUUCUUUCAUUUUACUUUUCCCUGCAAAUAGCCCUGUCAGUGGAUAAGCAAACAUUCGUCUCAAUUUGGGGAAGCAGAGACUACCAGAACAGAAAAUAAAUAUGUAGCAUAAAACACCCAGGGUCUAAACUGUUCUUAUCAGCCAUGGCAUGGCUCGGUUUUCCAUGGAAGCAGAUCCAUAAAACACAAAAGCAGCACAUGUGAGACACUUGUUACAUAGAGGUCCAAUUUAACCACUGGUAGGGGAACUCCUGGAUCAAUACAAAAUGAAACAACAGCAAAGGGCAAUGCAAAAGAAUAAAAAAAAAAAAAAAAAAAAAAAAAAAAAAAAAAAAAGGUUAUUUUAGUCCACCCUUGUUGGCUUGAGGGGUGGUUGUUGAGGGGGCUUUUGGGUUGUUUUUAUUCUUUGGUUUGGUUUGGUUAAAUUUGGUUUCAUUCAUGUGUUUUAAACACCAAGCAUGGUAUGUAGCUAUAUUAACAUGAGCACCCAAAUCCAGAGACACAAGAGAUAUAUUGAUUUACAUGCUUAUCACCUAGCAACAUUCGAGCACUGACGGGACGUGUCUGCAACUGAAAUAAAAAAUAGAUGAAAACUCUUUUAGUUUAAAAGUAACAAACAAUAAAUGGGGAACAGGAAAUUCAGUUGAAAAAACUGUUUGGCCCAGCUAGAAAUCCAUCUGAAAUGACUUUGCUGUUAAUACAUUUUGUUUGAACAGAAGAAGAGAAAAAAGUGGAUUAGGUGACUCCAUCUGAAGUGUCAUUGAUGAAAUGCUUUUGUCCCUUUAGAACAUUGCCAAACAUCCCUUUAGUGCAUUGCCAAAUGAUUACAUCUCAGUACCAAGAAAGAAAACAAUGGAUUUCUUCUCUGGUAGGAAAAAAAGGAAGCAUGUAGAGAAAGUAAUCCACAAUACUGUAGAAUUUAAUAGAAGCCCCCUGUGCUGUGAAAUAGGGCAGCAGGACAGGCUUGGUGACAGCAUCACCCUGAAUCUUGCUGCAGUGAGUGCCACCAUGGUUCAGUGCUGAAGCGACAGCCGAGCCGAGCUGUGCCAGUUGCAUUCCAGCGGCACCGCAGCGCCCAAGGCUGGGCAGUUCCACGAGCUGGGUUCAAGUUCUUUUCUAAGACAGUGGGUUGGGCAAGGAACCACGGCUGGGAGCUCUCCAGGGCCCUGCAGUUCUCUGGGAGCACACCCAUCCCCUUGGGGGUCCGCAGAGGGGACUGGUGGCACCGCCCAGGAGAGGCGUCGCCCGCUGAGCGGAGGCAGCGCACGUGGCGCAGAAGGGAAGGUGAUGGGAGGACUUGUAAACAUCUGGGCUCUCCAUUUGUUUGUUUGUUUUGUCUGGGCUCUUCAGUUCCUCCUCCUCUUUUGCUCAAACGUAGACAUUGUAAAACUGAGAUGUUUUACUCGGUUGCAUGCUGGCCAGCUGCCAUCUUCGAAACCCAUCGCAAAGGUGCGUGAAGAGAGCUGUGUUGUUUUGGUAUACUUUUGGUUUUGAUAGCACAUGGACAUUGUACUAUACUUUAUUAUUUCUUGUUCAAUAAAUAGUCCUGGUAUCUCUAUGUUUCAUGUCCAGUUUUGGAGAGUAGGGCCGUACCUGUAUCAAGGCUCUCUCAAUUAGGUGGGCAUUUUGUUUGUUUAGUAGAAAUAAUGCAUGAUUCCUUUCGCAGUGAUGGUUUGAGGGACAAAAAAAUUCUUAAUUUUGUAAUAUGUAUUACAAUCUUCUAAACACAAGUAAAAAUGUACUGUGAUUUAUUUAUAUAAAUCUAGUCUGAACAAAUAAGUUUUGAUCUUAAUAA